ACAGAAAUUAUAAAAAUGGCCAAGAGGGAUGUUGUGGCAGUGGAAGCCUAAUAGUGCCAAGAGGGUCUCAACUAUGUGGCAUGAAACCAGAAUUACACGUCUAUGAGAAGCACCAAAUGAAACUUUUGCAUCUGUGGACCCUACACAUGCCCUUUGUUCAUGUUCAUCUCAGUUUCUGAUCAGAAUUAGAUUAUAUAUUCACGGAUUGUUAGUGUUCACAUUCACCAGUCACAAUUAUUAUAAAUAGCUGCCUGCUCCUGCUAUAUAUGUUCAGCAGCACAGAGAAUUCAAGCAAGAAAUUGGCAGAGAAGGAGUAAAAUAUUUUCCAGUGUUCUUUUUUUUUUGAAUUUUUCUUCUGCCAACAGGGGAGUCAAAUCUGCUUCAUUAGUUUCUUAAAGGGGAAUGAGAUACUAGAGAAGGUUAUGCAUCUAGAUGCCGGUUUACAUCAUGGGAGAUCAUGUAACUGUCUCGACCACUCAACAACACAUUGCAAUCCCCAUUGAGAAAUUGAAUGCAUUAUCACUUGAAGUUGCAAAGGAAGAAAAACAUGUAACCGAUGAUGCCUAUGUGGACAAUGUCCAAAAACCUGAAGAGAAAGAUGAAGAAACUCAAGAAAAGGGAGAUUGUCGCUACUGUCAAGAAGAGGACUUUAUUUUUAAUAUGGAAUCACCCUGCAAUUGCAAUGGUAGCGUGAAGUAUGUUCACAAGAGAUGCAUUGAUCAAUGGUACAAUUCCAAAGGCCGCAUGAUAUUAUGUGAGAUUUGCAGGAAGCCUUACAAUCCAAAUGAUUACCCACUUCCGGAACUUCAUUAUGAUGAUGAUGACACCGAGAUAACUAUAUUAAGGGAGGAAUGGACUAUUCCUGGAACCAGCACUGAAAUUUGGUCACCUUUGGUGCUGGCAGACCGUGCCACCAAGGGCCUCAUUGAUUCAAUGAACAAAGACUUCAGCUUGAAAAACCCUAGUGGAGGUGUGAUAUUUGGCAUGUCACUCGUCAUCUUUAUCGCGGUGCUACUUAUAAAGGAUGCCUAUGAAUGUGCGCCACCCAAGGAGGAGAAAUUUGCUCGUUUUUUGUACUGCGCUGUGAUGACUAUCUCUGUGCCAGUUUACAUUUUAUCGUGGGUUUUACAGUGCCAAGCCUAUAGAAAAAGCGAGAGAGGGAGGGAAAGAGAAAGACAUCGCAAUGCAUAGAUCUUAAUUAAACUUUGAAGUUGCAGAGAUAAAGGAAAGAGGAAAAGAAGGCAUCUUGAACUAGUAAUUAAUGAAGAACGUGUCUUCAACUUUUAAUUAAAUUUCCUUUAGUUUCGGUUAGUUGUUUUGUAAAUAAAUAAUCAACCAAGGACUAUGUGUUGAGAAACAAACCUUUGUUUUAUACCCCUUCCUCCCGUUAUGUUUCUAGGAGAUGUAAUUGUGUAAAUUAUAUUAUGGUCAAUGCAUAUGCUGUGGUCUA